AGGUGAAAUUUUUGCGGCGGAAAAAGAUUGCAUUUUGUCAGGAAUUGGCACAGUUCUACGCUUCAAGUGAAGCAAGUUUUCACCAGCGAGUCAGUGCAACAAUUCGUAGCAACACGAGGGUCGGCGGAAGAGAACUAUACCAGAAGCUUUUGCGAAGAGUUUGGAAAGUGCACGCAUUCGCAUUCACCGAACACAGGUACAUACACCAGCCGUGCAAAGCAACUGGCUGACAGAAGCACCCAACUGAGGCACGCUUUUCUUUGGGGCGACAUCUUUUUAUCCUAUUGUUUCGAGACAGUUCCCGGAUCGUACGAACGAUUAAGUGACUAACAAUUCGCGUUCGAUAAGGGAGCAGCAACAUAUUUUAAGUGGCAGAUUAGUUACAAGUUUUAUCAUUGCGACGAUUGGGCUUACACGGUUUCUGGCCCCAAACGUGCGGUCAGCAUUAGCAGUAGCAUUUUUGUGAUAUACAGAACAAAGCGGGAAGGCAAAGGUGGACAGCAUAAACAGAUCGAUUGGAUUGUCCAAUAUUCAGCAUAAUGUCGUGGGAACCGCAACCGGAUGGCCUGAGCCAGAUCAUCACACUGCUGAAGCAGUCACAAUCCAAGGAUAAUAUGGUACAACGUGCCGUGCAGCUGAAAUUGGAAGAACUUAACCAGUAUCCGGAUUUCAACAACUAUCUGAUCUACGUACUGACGAAACUGACUUCCGAAAAUGAACCGACUCGAUCGCUGUCUGGGCUGAUUCUGAAAAACAACAUUCGCAUCCACGGUGCACAGCUACAACCGGAAAUCCUGGAGUACAUCAAGCAGGAAUGUCUGAUGGCACUCAGCGAUCCGUCACCGUUGAUACGAGCGACGGCCGGAAUUCUCAUCACGACCAUCGCCAAUACGGGCGGACUACAGAACUGGCCGGCACUGUUGCCAACGCUAUGCGAUAUGCUCGAUUCGCAGGAUUACAUCGUGUGCGAGGGUGCGUUUGGUGCGUUGCAGAAAAUUUGUGAAGAUUCGGCCGACACGCUCGACAGCAGUGCGCUGAACCGUCCACUGAACGUCAUGAUUCCAAAGUUCCUGCAGUUUUUCCGCCAUUCGAGCCCGAGCAUUCGGUCGUACGCGAUCGCUUGCAUCAACCAAUUCAUCGUCAAUCGCACCCAGGCACUGAUGGUACACAUCGACACGUUCAUCGAAAAUUUGUUCCACAUUUCGUCGGACGAUGAUCGCGAGGUGCGGAAGAAUGUGUGCCGGGGAUUGGUAAUGUUGCUGGAAGUGCGUAUCGAUCGGCUGAUGCCACAUAUGAACAGUAUUAUCGAGUACAUGCUGGUGCAGACGCAGGAUUCGGACGAAACGUCACUGAAUGCUUGUGAGUUCUGGCUAUCGCUUGCCGAACAGAACAUCUGCAAGGAAGUGCUGACGCCCCAUCUGCCCCGCUUGGUACCGGUGCUGGUGCGUGGCAUGAAGUACAGCGAUAUCGAUAUCAUGGUACUGAAGGGUGAUGUGGAGGAGGACGAAAUGAUUCCGGACCGCGAGGAAGACAUCAAGCCACGUUUCCACAAGUCUCGAACGAUCACGCAGAAACCUUCAAUCGGUGCGGGUACUAGUGGCAGCGACAGUGCGGUACGAUCAAUGGAAGGCAACGAUGAUGACGAUGACAUCGAUGACCCGUACGUUGAUAUGAAUGACGACAGUAACCCGUCCGAUUGGAACUUACGAAAGUGUAGUGCGGCCACCCUGGACGUGCUAGCAAACGUCUAUAAGGACGAAUUCCUGCCGAUCCUGUUGCCCAUACUGAAGGAAACGCUCUUUCACGAGGAGUGGUUGGUGAAGGAGAGUGGCAUUCUGGCGCUGGGUGCGAUCGCGGAAGGCUGCAUGACUGGUAUGGUGCCACAUCUGCCCGAGCUGAUUCCGUAUCUGAUCGUGUGCUUGUCGGACAAAAAAGCACUCGUACGAUCCAUCACCUGCUGGACGCUGUCACGCUAUGCCCAUUGGGUCGUCAGUCAGCCGCACGAUCAGUAUCUGAAGCCGCUGAUGAAGGAGCUGUUGAAACGCAUCCUGGAUGCGAACAAGCGCGUACAGGAAGCGGCCUGUUCGGCUUUUGCUACCCUCGAGGAGGAAGCAUGCACUGAGCUAGUGCCGUAUCUGGGCUUUAUACUGGAUACGCUUGUGUUUGCCUUCCGGAAGUAUCAGCACAAAAAUCUGCUUAUUCUGUACGAUGCAAUCGGUACGCUGGCGGAUUCGGUCGGACAUCAUCUGAACAAACCGGAAUACAUAAGCAUGCUAAUGCCACCGUUGAUCGAAAAAUGGAACAAUCUCAAGGACGAAGACAAAGAUUUGUUUCCGCUGCUCGAGUGUCUGUCCAGCGUUGCCACGGCACUGCACUCGGGCUUUCUGCCCUACUCUGAGCCGGUCUACCGUCGAUGCAUAUCAUUGAUACAGCAAACAUUGAUUCAAGAUGUGGCGAGCACCUCGAACCCGACACAGUUCGAGCAGCCGGACAAAGAUUUUAUGAUCGUUGCGCUGGAUUUGCUAUCGGGACUGGCGGAGGGAUUGGAUUGUUACAUCGAGUCGCUGGUUUCGAGCAGCAACAUAAUGCAGUUGUUGUACCAGUGCAUGCAAGAUUCGAUGCCUGAGGUGCGCCAAUCAUCCUUCGCCCUUUUAGGUGAUUUGACGAAAGCAUGCUUCCAGCAUGUACACCCACACAUAGCCGAUUUUUUGCCGAUUCUGGGCCAUAAUCUAAACCCGGAGUACAUUUCCGUCUGUAACAAUGCGACUUGGGCUAUUGGGGAGAUCAGUAUUAAACUGAUGGAAGAUACUAAGCCGUACAUUCCGUUGGUGUUGGGGCCGCUAAUUGAAAUCAUCAACAAUACCAACACACCCAAGACUUUGUUGGAAAAUACCGCGAUAACAAUUGGGCGUCUAGGUCUCGUGUGCCCCUUAGAAGUGGCUCCUUCAUUACAACAGUUUGUGCGACAGUGGUGCUCGUCGCUGCGCAACAUCCGCGAUAAUGAAGAAAAAGAUUCCGCUUUCCGUGGGAUGUGUCAAAUGAUCACGGUCAAUCCCGUUGGCGUGGUGCCUGAUUUUAUCUUCUUCUGCGAUGCAGCCGCAUCAUGGAUGACACCACAGAAGGAUCUGCAUGAGAUGCUGCAAAAGAUUCUGCAGGGUUUUAAGGUGCAAGUGGGCGAAGAAAAUUGGAGCCGUUUCGUCGAACAGUUUCCACCCCAGCUGAGCGAACGUUUGGCUGUAAUGUACAGCAUCUAAGCCGGACGUCCUUCGGAUUGAUGUAAGGCGGUGAGUGGCACGUCCUAAUGGAAACUGAAAGUACUAUUAAUUCUUCCUUCCACACUGGGGGCAUUUAAAUGGUCCGCAAAAGGAAAUGAAAAUAUUGGAAAAGUUUGGUAAACUGUUCUUAAAAUGUCGGGCGUCGUGUUUGACAAACACUGCAAUGAUCAGAUGUGCUGGUUUAAUUUUAUCAAUGAAUUUGAACAGGAGCGAUGAAGUAUUUUUUGGAAAGCUUUGCUACGUCCCAUAGGCGUUAUUAUGCGAAUCUAAUUAUAUCGUUGUGCUAUAAAAGGAUUGAAGGUGAUGUUCUUUAAUGCUCUUUUUUAUUUCUUUCCAUUUGUAUUGAACGCCAGAUGAAAAGUGUUCAACAUGACUUUCGAAAACACCUUAUAGUAAUUGGCAUAGGCAUACGCAACGUCGAACAAUUAAACUAAACCCUAAGUAGUAGUUGCAUUGUCCAGUCCACCUUACACAGCGAGGCUUUUAUUUGAUCAUUCUAGAAUCUGGCAAUAAUCCCAAUACUUAGUUUUGAAGGUUGUGAUCAUACGGUUCACGCUUUAUAUAAUAUGCUUGGAAUGAUCAUGUCCCCAUUCACGGUUCGAUGGUGAAGAUCGAAUAACGACUGGACUAGAUUUUUUAAAGUUUGUGCAAAAUUGUAUGAAGAACCAUCACCGCUAUUUGCAUGUAAAUGUAAACGCCAUGUUUCAAUUGUUUCAUAAUUUCGAAACUCCUUUUCUAGGACAUCAUUAGCAGGCAGUACUCAUCAAACCUAAUAG